AUGCCAUUCAUUUGUGUGACCGCGAAACGGUGGGAUGGACCGACGAAUAUUACGGGUCACACGGCGAUCAACGAGGAUGUGGUUUCCCUGUUGGAGGCUCGGCCGAAAAAAGCGACCGCUGAUGGGCCAUAUCGCUUCGAGACCCCGCAACCGCCAGUAAAAGUGCUCGACUGUUUGGAGGGUUUAGGUUUUCGCCUUGUCACGCAGACGCUCAACGCGAACACGUCGAGCAAAGCGUGGACGAUGCAGAAAUGC